AGGAGAAGUGGGGCGGGGGCAGUUGAAGGAACUGCCAAUCCGGUGGAAGGACGCUUGCUGCUCGGCCGCCCCGCUUGAGGCCUUCGCUUCUGCCGAGGCGCUUCUGAGGGGCGACGGUGGCAGCGAUGAUCGACCCGCAGAAGCGGAAGGCCCCUGGCCCGGACAUGGCCCUGGUAGCGGCGGCAUCCGCAGCCAAGAAGCCCCGACACGAGCUUAUAUUGGGGUCUGGCCCCCCCGGGGCUGGGCAGCCGCCUCCGGGCGCCCUGCUGCAGGCGGGGCCCCCAAGAUGUUCCUCGCUGCAGGCACCCAUAAUGUUGCUUUCUGGACAUGAAGGAGAAGUUUACUGUUGCAAAUUUCAUCCUAAUGGAGCCACCUUAGCAUCCGCUGGAUUUGACAGGCUGAUUUUGCUGUGGAAUGUGUAUGGUGAUUGUGAUAAUUAUGCCACCCUCAAAGGGCAUAGUGGAGCAGUUAUGGAAUUGCACUACAAUACUGAUGGCAGCAUGCUAUUCUCUGCCUCCACGGAUAAAACUGUAGCUGUAUGGGACAGUGAGACGGGAGAGAGAGUGAAAAGGCUCAAAGGGCACACGUCGUUUGUGAACUCCUGUUACCCAGCAAGGCGUGGACCUCAGUUGGUCUGUACAGGCAGUGAUGAUGGGACCGUUAAGCUAUGGGACAUCAGGAAGAAAGCUGCCGUUCAGACAUUUCAAAAUACUUACCAAGUAUUAGCAGUGACCUUCAAUGAUACCAGUGAUCAGAUAAUAUCUGGAGGCAUAGACAACGAUAUCAAGGUGUGGGACCUUCGUCAGAACAAGCUAACCUAUACCAUGAGAGGACACGCCGACUCUGUCACAGGCCUCAGUCUAAGUUCAGAAGGCUCUUACUUGCUUUCCAAUGCCAUGGAUAAUACAGUUCGUAUAUGGGAUGUCCGUCCCUUUGCUCCUAAAGAGAGAUGUGUGAAGAUUCUCCAAGGGAAUGUGCACAAUUUUGAGAAGAAUCUUCUGCGAUGCUCCUGGUCACCAGAUGGAAGUAAAAUAGCAGCCGGAUCUGCAGACAGGUUUGUUUACGUGUGGGAUACAACCUCUAGAAGGAUCCUCUACAAGCUGCCGGGCCAUGCCGGUUCAAUAAAUGAAGUUGCUUUUCAUCCCGAGGAACCAAUUAUACUCUCUGCAUCUAGUGACAAAAGGCUGUAUAUGGGAGAGAUCCAGUGAGGAUGAAGAUGGCCGUGAUGGAUUUGCCAAAUCGGAUUGCUUCGAACCAAUUUGAAUCGCUCUGUACAUAGUAAUUGAAGAUGCAGAGGCUGCAGAAACGCCGCCAUAUACAGAAUUGGAUGUUAACCAGCCAAGCAUUAGAAGAUUUCCCCCCCGCCCACCCCCCUUGAAUUCUUGGCCAUAUUGUGGAGAAGAUAAAAGGCUUGUGGUGUAGAAUCACUCAGGUUUACAAGAUGGACUUAUAAGGAUUUCUCAUUUCAGCUGCUCAGGUUGCUUUGGUGUCACUGAAAUAGCUUGACAAUUGUAAAAUGGGCAGUGUUUAAUAUUGUAUACUUCCUGUCAGGUUGAUUUGUCAUUUUUAUACUCGAGAAAAAUGAAACAUUUUGCAAAAAUGGUGCAGAUGGAAUUUAUUACUGUAUAAUGUCAAAAAGCAUAUAUAAUUCUGACUGUCUACAGAGGAGAGAAGAUUACACAAAGGAAUAUAGAAAAUCGGAAAACCAUACAAAUAACACCAUGAAAAUCAUGAAAAAGCGUAUGAAUGAUUUGUAAAUCGGCAGGAGGACAAUCGUAUAUCACUGAUACCCUACAAAUAUAAUAAUUGGGUCAAAAACCUAUGAAAGUGCAUCCUUCGAUUAACUUCAAAUGAUCUUGUAGAUAAUGGAUUUACAGAAAUGUGUCUGUAUCCAAAAAUGAACACGAGUUCCAUAAACAAUGCUUCAAAGAUGCA